UGGGAGAAUUCUCUAGUGGGGUAGAUUGUCAUUGCAAAAAUGCCCUAUGUUGUCAUUUAAAGGCUAAUUAAGAGAUUUUGGGGUAAAAUUGAAAUGCCUACCAUUACGAUCCUUGAAAAUGAUAUCAUUUGCAUUCAAUUCAGACGAUUGAAACCUAUGGACUAGAUUCUAUCUCGAGGCCUUUGGCAUCUUGGUGGAAAAUCCAUGUUUCUUCAUAAAUUGACUCCAGGUAUUGUUUCUGAAACUUUUAUUUUGAUUUUGUACCUGUGUGGAUUAAAAUGUGUAAGAUCCCUAUGGAAUUGUGGACUGAAGCGGGUCUAGGCAAGUUGCUGACUUUUAUAAUUUGGCCACCAAGGUAAGAUGUAGGUUAUCAUAUGCGAAGGUAUGUGUUGACUUAAAUUUGAAUUCCAAUAUGCCUACUGAGAUUGCAAUUAAUCUAAGGGGAAUGGAUUUUAUUGAGUGGUGAGUGGAAACCCUAAACCCUACACCCUAAAUAUUUCUUUUAAAAAAGCAUUCAAGAAGUCUUUUCUCCGCCAAAAUAUUUCUUAUUUUUGGUAAUUUCCCAACGAGCUUUUCUCAAACUAACAAAAAUUUUAGUGGCUGACACAUACAACACCAGAUUCUCAACUCUCACUCCAAUGGCUUCUCUUCACCUUCUUCAACCUCUCACUUUUCUGUCUUCCCAUUCUGCCCCUCUCUUUUCCCAAUAUUCCAAUCCAAUCAGUUUCAGACCCUCCUUCCCGAAAAACCCCUUUCCACUGAAGAAAUCCCUCACUCUUUCCUUUGCUCUCGCCGAAUCUGACUCCCCCAAGUCCUUACCGCCCGACCCCCAGCUUCUCCUUCAAGAAUUGGCCGACGGUUUUGACCUUUCAAGAGAUUACUUUGAGAAGCUUCCCCGUGAUCUUCGUCUUGAUCUCAACGAUGCUGCUUUUGAUCUUUCUAAUGGACCCGUCAUUGACGAGUGUGGUCAAGAGAUGGGAGAAAUAUUGCUAAAUCUCUCCCGAGCUUGGGAAGCCGCUGACACCUCCACUUCACAUGCUUUAGUAAGCAAGUUCCCUACGUUGGUGCAAUCCUUGACAGACAAUUACAAGUCAGGAUUUGGCAAGCGUUUGAUAUCUGCUGGAAGAAGGUUCCAGUCGAUGGGACAGUACGGUCAGGGUGAACUACAGAAGAUUGCAGAAGUAAUGAAUACAACUGGAAAGCUUCUGUCUGCAUCCUCUACUCCUAAAGUAGCUGAAGAGCCCCAGAACGAAACCAGAAUGUUUAAGUUUGGAGAACUUCAAGUUGAACUGACCGCUGAUAAAGCGAACAUUGGUGCAGCAAUUGGUUUUGUUUUCGGAGUAAUUUCAUGGCAACUGAGUCAGGGUGUCCAAAGUAUUCGUGAGAGUUCUCUGCAGUAUGCAAAUGAAAAUGCUUUACUUCUAGCCAAGUCUUUGAGAGGUGCUCUACUUGCUGUUUCGUACACAUCGGCUGUAUUGUCUGCUUUCACUACCGUGGGAUUAAUCUUACUUGCUAGACAACUGAAAUCAAAGGAAGAGUAAGCUUGUCUUAAUUAUUUUCCUCAACUCUUGUAAAUGUGUUGUAUUUAGUCGAAGAACUAAGCUCCUUGCUGGGCCUUUUACUAAAGAAUUAUAUGAAUCUAUCUAUGUUCAUGGCAAUAAUCUUGCUCAGUUUAAAAAUAAGAGUAGCUAAUAUUCACCUU